GACGAGGAGGAGUAGGGGUAAGCGAGGAGAGGAAGCACUUGAAGGAGACGCAUCCUCUGCGCAGUGGUGGAAGCAACAUCUCUCUGUCAGAGUCGGGCUGUUCUUUUGGACGGUACUCUUCUUAAAACAAUACAACUGUUGUGAUGUGGAUUUACAAGCUGCUGUUCACACUCUUCAUCCUGUCCUGCUCAGAGGGCAGAAGAAAUGCCCUGCAGGACUACCAGAGGACCGAUGGCAUACGUCUGGUGGUCACGCCCCCAAGCCCGUCCCACCUGACCAAAAGCAGGAAGAUCAGCAUUGCCAAGUGUGCUCGAACCUGCAGCCGCAACAAAAAACUCCCAUUCACCUGCAGAGCGUUCCUCUAUGAUCACCAAAACAGGAAAUGCCAGUGGUUGUCUUUUGACCGGAACUCACCAGUCGCCCAAUUGCAAAACGAUGUGAAUUUCCAGCUUUAUCAAAAGAAAGAUUACAUACGUGAGUGUAUCGUGGGUACAGGUCAGAGCUACAGAGGGAGAAGUUCGGUGACAGUCACUGGGAUCCAGUGCCAGGCUUGGGCCUCCAAUAUUCCUCAUGAACACAAAUUCAUGUCCAAGCGCUUCAGGAAGAAGGACCUCAGGGAGAACUACUGUCGUAACCCAGAUAAUUCCACCGUCGGACCAUGGUGCUUCACUACUGACCCACGGGCACACCUGAGACACCAGGAGUGUGCUAUACCACAGUGUUCCCAGGUGGAGUGUAUGCAUUGUAAUGGUGAGGAUUACAGGGGACCCCUGGACCACACAGAGAGCGGAAAGGAAUGCCAACGUUGGGACCUGGACGAGCCACACAAGCACCUGUACCACCCUGAAAGGUAUCCUGACAAGGGCCUUGAUGAUAACUACUGCAGGAAUCCAGAUGGACGCCACAGGCCAUGGUGCUUUACCACGGACCCCAGCAUAAGCUGGGAGUACUGUAACAUCAAAGUUUGUGACACGCCUCCCAAAAGAAUGGUGGUGGAGACAAGCGAGUGCUACAACGGUAAAGGAGAAGCUUACAGGGGGAUGGUGGACAUGACCCCCACUGGGAUCACCUGCCAACGCUGGGACUCUCAGUAUCCCCAUAACCACUCAUUCAUCCCACAGGCAUACUCUUGCAAGGAUCUGAGGGAAAACUACUGUCGGAAUCCAGAUGGCCAACAAUUCCCAUGGUGCUUCACGACAGACCCGAGAGUCCGCACAAUGUUCUGCACCAACAUCCUCCAGUGUGGCUCCCAAAACAAGCCUGACUGUUACGAAGGCUUUGGAGAAAAAUACCAAGGAGAGCAGUCGAGGACGAGAUCAAACCUGCCCUGUGCUCCCUGGAGGGACCAUAGCAACAGUGGCGAGAGGGGCCUGGUGGUUUCAAGCCUAGAGAGGAACUACUGCAGAAACCCUGAUAAGGACAAACAUGGACCGUGGUGCUACACCAACAAUUCUGCUAUACGCUGGGACUACUGUCAUGUCAAACCAUGUAAUGCUUCCCAGAGCAUCAUUCCAGUGGGGGAACUGUCCUCUGUGGGUUGUUUUGUCCAUAAGAGGACCAGGAUCGUUGGAGGAGGUCCGGUGAGCGUAUCUGACGGCAGCUGGAUGGUCAGCAUACAAAAAGGGUCAUUACACUGGUGUGGGGGUUCACUAAUACGAGAGGAGUGGGUACUCACAGACAGACAGUGCUUUUCCUCAUGUGUUCCAGACCUGAGUGGGUAUCGAGUAUGGCUGGGAGUAUCAAAUAUUGAAGAGUCUGAUUGGUCAACAAGACAGGAAGUCAGCAUAGCGCAGGUGAUAUGUGGCCCAGAAGGUUCCAGUUUGGCCCUCAUAAGGCUCUCCAAGCCUGCCCUCCCUGCAGACAACAUCCAUACCAUUCAGCUGCCUGUAGAUGGUUGUUCCAUCCCAGAGGGUACCAUAUGUAAAAUGUAUGGAUGGGGAGAGACCAAAGGUACAGGUCACGAUGAUGUCCUAAAAGCAGUCAGCCUGCCCAUUGUGAGCAAUGAAAAGUGCAGAGAGUUGCACAGGGGAAGCCUGCACAUCACCAACUCCAAAAUCUGUGCAGGAGGCAGGAGGAACGAGGGCGUGUGUGAGAGGGAUUAUGGUGGCCCUCUGGUGUGUCAGGAUGGCGAGAUCAAGGUUAUUAUUGGCGUGAGCAUCCACGGCAGAGGGUGCGCUCGUGCCAACAGACCAGGCAUCUUCAUCAACGUUCCCUUCUACACACAAUGGAUCUACAAAGUCUUCAAACACUACCCUGAGCCGGAGCUCAGCACGGACUAACACACAGCAAACCAGGGGAUUAAACUAACAUUGUACCAGCAACUGCAGCAAAACUCAGGAGGACUCAUCCGCUUUUAGGAUUGCUUCUUAGUAGAUGAGUAAGUAAAAUGUUAGAUUUAAACACACCAUGAACAGAUGUCACACUCGUGAGAGCACAUGAUGGUAAUUACCAAAAAUACACAGCUGUCCAGGUGUUUAUCAACACAGCUAGUAAGGACAAGAUGCUGCCCGAAUCAGGCUAAGAUAAAAAAUAUAACAAUAAUAAUAAUCGUACAGUGCAGUGGCAAGGACUUACUUUUUACUCCCUUUGAUGCUUCAGUAACUUUUGCUGCAAAAUAGCAAUAUUACAAGAUUAAAGUUAUAUUUUUGCAGAAAAUAGGUGUAAUUCUAAAAAAAAAAAUAAUAAUUUUUUUGAGAAAAGUUUCAUGAGAAAGUCUUAAUAUAGAGCAAUCAAUUAAAGAAUUAAAAACUUUAUUUUAAAGAGUUAAAUACUUUUUAAAAAUUAAUUGAAGAAACAUGAAAUAAUUAAUUUAAAUACAGUAAUUUUGAGGGGGUGAAACUUGAGGGGCUCAUUGCAAGAAUAAAGUAUUUAAAAGGAAUUUUACCGGAAUACAUUCCUUUUUUUUUUUUUUUUAGAAACAAAAUCACAAUAUUAUCAAGAAAAGUUACAUUUAUGAGAAUAUUUCACUGGAAAGUUCAUGACUAUGAGAAUAAAGUCUUACGAUUAUCAGAAAAAAAGUCCUAAUUCCUUGGUAAUAUGCUGAAGCAGCAAAGUUAGCAAAACUCAAAGUUUGAGGGACUGAAUGUCUUCCCUUUUUUUUCAAUUAAAAAAACGUUGGCACAUCAGCGACUUAAAUUCCAAUUCCCCUUCCAACAGCAAUGACAUAAAUGACACUGACAAAAUUUGAACUAGAAGCUGCAACAGUAUAUUUGUACAUCAACACAAUUGCUUGGGUUCUUUUUUCCUGGUCAUGUCACCUUUGCAUUUCGUGUUCGGCAGCCCCAUAGGUCACUGAAAACAUGUCAACGUGCCCGUCUUGCCGACUAAGCUCUUAGCUCGGGCUUGCACUAUUAGACACUUAGUCAUGAUUAUUGUAAUUGAACCACAUUCUGUAUUAACUAUAAAAUACCUCCCCCUGCCCUUAAUGCAGCAUGACCACUGGUACUGUAAGUUAAAUAAAUCGUGCUAUGUAGCGAUGAAGUUGUGUUAUGUGAGAAUACUUUGGAUUCCUGGCAUUACUUGAAACUUUUGAACACCAAACUGUUUUGGUUCGGCAGCGCCCUCUGUAGAGUACAUCCACGUGUCGGAGGCAGGGCUUUUAAGUGUAUAUAAUUAUUUAACGAGUGUAUUAUGGCACUCUAUGUUGGGUCUUAUAGAUCUACGUAUGGCGAGAUAAAUGAAUGUUGUAGUUGAAGCGAGUAUUCAUGAAUUUACAUUCUAGUUUUCUCUUAUAUUGUAUAAAAAAAAUGCCUAUAAACCUCAUGUCAAUUCCAACCCACUGACUGUAUAUUAAUGUGUACUGUAUAUAUACUGUAUCUGUCGAAAUGUAUGGUGAUUUAGCUUGUAUGGGCGUCCUAACAAAAGCAUUUUGUGUAUGUGUUCGCAAUUAGCCAUAAUAACACUCAAUUAAGUGUGUGACUGUUCUCUUUGAUGGUUUGAGAGAAUCGGUGAGUGUUCUGAACUCCUAUUUCAGUGCGUGUGUUGUACCGAUGCUGUUUGGAGGCUGAAUCAACAGCACCUCUGCUGGUUGCAACCAAGUACUGCACUCAAUUUUGCCUCAAAUAAACACAAGCAAUGAAUCGACUAUUAUGACCAUCACUAUAUGCUAUACCAUUUUUUUUUAAUGUACCAAAACUAAACACUGAAAGAGGAGAACGUAUGUGUUGCUGCUCUCCUCUACAGAUUCGUACGUUGUUGUUCAAUUUGUUGUGUAUAAGCGCAUUCACUAUGAAAUAAUUGUAUUCCAAUAUGCUACAUGUAUGAAGCCACUCUGGACGUUAUUUGAAUUAUUUUAA